AUGAGUACGUUUUAUAUUAAUUUUUUUUUUUUUCUUUUAACCAUCUCCCUAUGUGUAAAUAAUAAAACCCUUGCAACAGAGCUUUCUCCAAAAACAUAUACAAAAUACAAAUCAAAAAAAUUUACAAUAUUCAAAUCAAAAAAAUUUACAAUAUUCAAUUCAAAAAAAUAUUAUCCUGUCAAUGAUAAUACAGAAGAAAUAUAUCAAAAAAACAAGCACCUAUUAUAUACCGAUCCCGAAGAAACUAGAAAUGCGUGCAGAUUUAUGAAUGACGCUUUAAAACAAUUAGAACAUCAUGCUACAAGUAAAGAUGGUUAUAAAAGGUGUUGUGCAAAUCCUUAUCGGAAUAUAAUUUUUUAUAAAAAAAAGCAUCGAGGUCAUACAAUUGUUGAAAAAAUUCAUUAUACAAUUUAUGAUCCGAAUCAGUAUAAUGAACUAGUAAACCAGUUAUGGGAUCCAGAUAGUAACUUAUUAUUAAAUAAAUUCUCUGUUAAAAAAAAAAUUGUCCGUAUGUACACUCCAAAUUUAGUAAUGAUACAACAACGUUGGAAAAAAUGGCCAUGGUCUCGUGAGAAAUAUUUUUAUGCUAUAGCUGCAAAAUAUAAAACAUCAGAAAACAAAACUAUGAUUGUCAUGGCUUCAGCAAAUAUAAUUGAUCACAACCGUAAAAAUAGAAAAUAUUUUGAAAAUAAAAUAGUAGAAAGUGCAAAUUUAUUUCAAGCUGAAAUUGAUUCUGAAGAUGAUAUUAGAAAUGGAAAAUUAAAAAAAAUGUUUGUUAACUUAAGUGGAUACAUUAUUGAAAAAAGAAACAAACAUACUUAUAUCACAUGUGUCGACUCUAAUGAUGAACAUGGUUCCAUUUAA